AUGGUGGUCACAAAGAAGAUGAAAAAGUUGCUGGAGGUGAUCAACUCCAGGCUCUACCUUGUUAUGAAAAGUGGCAAGCAUGUGCUGGGGUACAAGCAGACUCAGAAGAUGAUCAGACAAGGCAAAGCCAAACUAGUCAUCUUUGCUAACAACUGUCCAGCUCUGAGGAAAUCUGAAGUAGAUUACUAUGCCAUGUUGGCCAAGACUGGUGUCCAUCACUACUGUGGCAACAAUAUUGAAUUGGGCACAGCAUGUGGAAAAUACUACAGAGUGUCCACACUGGCUAUCAUUGAUACAGGUGAUUCUGAUAUCAUUAGAAGCAUGCCAGAACAGACUGGUGAAAAGUAA